CAUUGCAACAAAGACCCCUUAACUUUCAUUUUGCGCCCAAUUUUCUCAGUGGAGUGGAGAGGGAGGUUUUGCUAAUUUUGGGUCGACCACCGAGAAGUAUUCCUUUGCAUUUUCAUUUUCGCCUUUCGGUGACUUUGGUUCCUCUGCUUCAUUUCGUAAACUGCUGUGCUGAACUCACUACCCUAGUUCGUUUGAUGAGCAGAAGACAGCACAUUAGCUUCCUAUCAAUUUCGACCUUAAAAUCUAUUUCAUUGCCAAUUCUAAGGAAUAUGGGUCAUUCUCUCUACUCGAUUCCAACUUUCUAACCCUCUCUUCCUCAUCUCUCGUCACUCUCUUCUUGGCACCUGAAGUUUGAAGAACGGAUCUGGAUUGAAACCCCUGCGACGGCGAGACCAGACUAGACCACGGUGUAAGUUUUCAUCAGUUUUCCUUGUGGCAAAGUAGCAUUUAAUAAAAGUAAACGGACGGACCGAUGGAGAAGAUGAAAACAAAAAGAGAGGAGAAUGGUGAAAGUGAGGAACUGUUUUCUCCAGAAUUGAAGAGGCAGAAGCUGCUUAAACAGGCCCCUCCACCUCCUCUCCUCACUGUUGAAAAUUCUCUUCUUCCUCUUGCUUCUUAUGAUGAUGAUGACGACGACGAUGAUGAAGAAAGGGGUAGAGAAGGCAGUGGUGAUAAGAGGCUUGGACAAAAUGGUUAUAGAGGAGAAAGAAAAGGGCCAGAUGGUCAUAGACAAGAAGAGGACAAUGAUGAAGAAGAAGAUGAUGAUGAUGAUGAUUCGCAUCAGCAAGGAUCAAAUCAUGUCAAGUGCAACCGCCAAGUUGAAAUUCGAAGGGACUGUCCUUAUCUUGAUACCGUUAAUCGUCAGGUUUUGGACUUUGACUUUGAGAAAUUUUGCUCUGUCUCUCUGAAAAAUAUGAAUGUUUAUGCGUGUUUGGUCUGUGGGAAGUAUUACCAAGGAAGAGGUCGGAAAUCACAUGCAUAUACUCAUAGCCUUGAAGCAAGCCACCAUGUUUAUAUCAAUCUUGAGACAGAAAAAGUUUAUUGCCUUCCUGAUGGAUAUGAAAUUAAUGACCCUUCAUUAGAUGACAUUCGCCAUGUUCUAAACCCAAGGUUCACUAGAGAACAAGUUGAAAUGCUUGACAAAAAUAAGCAAUGGUCAAGGGCACUUGAUGGCUCUGAUUACCUUCCUGGAAUGGUUGGAUUGAAUAACAUUAAGGAGACUGAUUUUGUGAAUGUCACAAUUCAAUCUUUGAUGAGGGUUACUCCCUUGAGGAACUUCUUUCUUAUUCCUGAAAACUAUGAAAACUGCAAAUCUCCUCUUGUUCAUCGAUUUGGAGAACUUACACGAAAGAUUUGGCAUGCCCGGAACUUUAAGGGCCAGGUAAGCCCACAUGAAUUCCUUCAGGCAGUUAUGAAAUCUAGUAAAAAACGGUUCCGAAUAGGUGAGCAGUCAGAUCCUGUCGAGUUCAUGUCAUGGCUUCUGAACACACUGCAUUCAGAUCUUAAGGGUUCAAAGGAGAAAAGCAUCAUUCAUAAGUGCUUUCAGGGGGAAUUGGAGGUUGUGAAGGAGAUCCAGAGGAAAACUACUGAGAAGAAGGAUAACAGUGAUGGGCAGAAUAAUGGGACUCUUGGGGAUGGUGGAAAUGAACAAGACAAUGUUGUCAUGGAAACAUGCAGAAUGCCAUUCUUAAUGCUUGGGCUUGAUUUGCCACCACCCCCUCUUUUUAAAGAUGUAAUGGAAAAAAAUAUAAUACCACAGGUACCACUUUUUAACAUACUGAAGAAAUUCGAUGGUGAGUCUAUCACAGAAGUGGUGCGUCCUUGCAUAGCGAGGAUGAGGUACCGUGUCACCAGAUUGCCACCAUAUCUAAUUCUCCACAUGCGGCGUUUCACAAAGAACAAUUUCUUCAUUGAGAAAAAUCCUACCCUUGUCAACUUUCCUGUAAAGAACCUUGAGCUUAAAGAUUACAUUCCAUUGCCAACAAAGGAGAACGAGAAAAUGAGAUCCAAGUAUGAUCUGAUUGCAAAUAUUGUUCAUGAUGGCAAGCCUGGUGAAGGGUCUUACAGAGUAUUUGUACAGCGGAAAUCAGAGGAGUUAUGGUACGAGAUACAGGAUUUGCAUGUGGCAGAAACUCUUCCCCAGAUGGUUGCACUCUCCGAGGCUUACAUGCAAAUAUAUGAGCAACAACAGUGAUCGGUAGAGUUAAAAGUUCCUUUAGUAGUUUGCCUCGGAACUUUAACUGGGAUAUAACUUGCUGCAAACAUUUGCUUGGUCGUUCAAAGGAAGAAGGAAAUGAGAAGGAAGGGAAAAUCAGUUCCAGGUACAAUAGGUUAUAUAAGUUCUUGUUUGCCAACAAUCUGAGAAGUUCCAAGGUUACCAAACAUCACACAUCGGCAUUGUUGCUGUCCUUGAUACCAGUUGCCACUGAUAACAUCAUUUAUAUGUGUUUUUUCAAGGUUCUCCAAUCAGCAUGGGGCUGCUUUUAAUCGUACCCCUAUCAUUUAGAGCUGUUAAUUUUCGUAAUAUAUUCUGGACUGCUUGUAACAUCUCUAGUAGUGAUAAAGUACAACUUGAGAAUUUUGUUUGAACCGGGUGGUGGUAGACUCGCCGAAAAUGAGUUCACCAUUUUGAUA